AUGGGCGCACUGAUUGUUGCCCUUCAGAAGCCGCAAGGGGGCGUUCGCCCGAUUGCCAUCGGCGAGAUACUGCCGCGCCUGCUGUCCCGUUGUGUUACUCUUCACUUCAAGCAGCAGAUCCGAGACUUCUUCCUUCCCUCCCUACAGUUUGGGGUCGCUGUCUCCGCAGGGAUCGAGGUUAUGGCCCAUGCAGUCCAGUCGGCCCUUUCCCUCCACCCAGAGUGGGUUGUGCUGGAACUGGAUGUUGCCAACGCCUUCAACUCCUUCAGCCGUUCUGCUAUGUUCAACGCCCUGCGAGACUCCCCGUUCUCCAGCCUCAUCCCUUUCUUCCGCCUCUUCUAUGCCUCCCCCUCCUCUCUCCAUUACCGCAGCGGCCCAUUAAUCGAGACACUGCAGUCAUCAUCGGGUGUUCGACACGGUGACCCAUGUGGGCCAUUCUUGUUCGCCCUCACCCAGCACCUAGCCAUUCGCCCCAUCCAGCGUCAAUCUCCAGCCCUUUUCAUCACCUCCUACGCGGACGACACGUAUAUGGUCGGCCCUGCGCAUGACGUGUUUCCUGCCUACACAGCGCUUACAGCUCGUCUCAAUAACCUCGGCCUGAGGGUGCAACCAUCAAAAUGCUCCCUCUGGGCCCCUUUGGACCUCCCUUCGGACCUCACACCUCCAUCAGACAUCGUCCUUGCCCCUAACGGACUCACGGUUGCAGGAGUGCCUAUCGGAUCGGACACCCACAUUAUCUCUACAGUUCGAGACAAACUGCACUCUUUCUCUUCAUCACUGCCUCUCCUGCAUGACCUUCAUGAUCCACAGACUGCCUCUCGCCUCCUUACUCUCUGCAUUUCCGCCCGUCCCUCAUUCCUCCUCCGCACAGUGGCACCAUUUCCCGAAGUAGAAGAGCUUUACACUGACUGGGACAACACCCUGCUGGAUCACUUUGUUCGCCUCAUCGGCUCUGACUACUGGCCUCCUGCAUUUGACCACACUGCCACAGCACACCGACAGCCAUUCCUUCCCAUUCGCCUUGCUGUCACCUACGGAGUGGUGUAUUGCAGCCGCUAUUCGUCUUGGCCUCCCCAUUCCACACCUCACGACCACCCGCACAUGCACUUGUGGCUCGGCAUUCACAGACCCUUCAGUCGUCUCUCACGUCCUCCGCUGCCCAUCCUCUAA